AGUAGAAUGUCCUUCCAGGUGCCUCUGUCCAGACUGGUGUGUGUGCUGUGUGCUCCCUCCUCCACCCCAGGAGUCUGUCCACUCUCAGGAUGGUCAUUUGGGCGCUGCUGGAGUGUCCCAUGGUGGAUGCAAAGUUCCUGCAUUUUCUCUCCUCCCCUCAGACCCUCCAAAGGCACACGUGACCCACCACCCCGUCUCUGCCCAAGAGGUCACCCUGAGGUGCUGGGCGCUGGGCUUCUACCCUGCGGACAUCAGCCUGACCUGGCAGCGUGACGGGGAGGACCAGACCCAGGACAUGGAGCUGGUGGAGACCAGGCCUGCGGGGGACGGCACCUUCCAGAAGUGGGCGGCCGUAGGGGUGCCCCCUGGAGAGGAACAGAGAUACACGUGCCAUGUGCAGCACGAGGGGCUGCCCGAGCCCCUGACCCUGAGAUGGGAGCCUCCUCCUCAGACCUUCAUCUUCAUCAUCAUGGGCAUUGCUGGGGGCCUGGUUCUGCUGGGAGCUGUGGCUGGAGCUGUGAUGUGGGGGAGGAGGCGCUCAGGUGGGCAGGGGUGGGGUCUGAGUGUCUGUCCCACUGGGGAUUCAGGCCCAGGUAGACUCGAGUCCUGCCUCCUUCAUGGGAAGCACCAUCCCCACGCAUGUGAUGGCCUGUGUGGGGCUCUGUGCUCACACUUA